UAACGUUUUCCGUAUAGAUUCCAGCUCCGUAUAUAUCUCUAUUCACACACAAGCCAAUACUCUGUUUUCUCCAUCUCUCCAUUUCAAAAACACACAGAGCCCGCGAAAAAAGCGGAGAUAUUUUCGGGGAACGCGAUGUUGGAGCGCGACGGCGAAGUGGAUCCGAAGGGGGAGUCGGUGUUGGAGAAUAUAACGGAGAAGUUGCAUGGAGACGAUUCCUGCACGUCGGAAUCGGAUGAUGAUAAAAAGGAGUCGCCCAUGGCGGCGGUGAAGAAUAAAGUGUAUCGCAUUUUAGGGAGAGAUAAGACUAUUCAUAAGGUCCUUGGUGGCGGCAAACCUGCUGAUAUAUUCUUGUGGAGAAACAAGAAGAUUUCUUCUGGGAUGCUUGGUUUUGCCACUGCUAUUUGGGUGCUUUUUGAAAUAAUGGAAUACCAUUUGCUCACAUUAGUAUGUCAUGUCAUUAUACUAGCUUUGGCAGCCCUUUUCCUGUGGUCAAAUGCAUCAACCUUUAUCAGCAAGUCUCCACCUAAAUACCCAGAACUUUUUCUUCCGGAGGAAGUUGUGUUGAGGGUAGCGGGUGCUCUUAGAAUUGAAAUCAAUAGAGCUUUUGCAAUCCUCCGUGAUGUUGCAGCAGGGAAAGACCUAAAGAAGUUUCUUAUGGUGAUUGCAGUUUUAUGGUUCUUUUCGAUUCUUGGGAGUUGCUGGAAUUUCCUGACCUUGUUCUACAUAUCUUUUGUGAUGCUGCACACCGUUCCUGUGCUUUAUGAGAAGUACGAGGACGAGGUUGAUGCUUUGGCAGAGAGAGCAGAAGCUGAAGUUAAGAAACACUAUGCUGAGCUCAACGCUAAGGUUUUAAACAAGCUUCCUCGAUUCCAAUCAAAAGAUAAAAAGGCUUUAUAGAGGAGGCAGGCAGGUUCGCUAGGUUUUCUUUUUUUGAUCAGCGGUAGCUAUGGGGCUUAGACUGUUGUUGUGACUCCUUUCAUAUCUGGGACUUGGGAUCCUGUUUUUCGUAGUUGGCUUGGGUAAGCAUGAAUAUGGUGUUUUAUGAGGUGGUCAGUGUUAGUUAUUCAGCAUUCAUAUGCAAGCAUGCGAAUUUUGACAGUUACAUUAUUACUAUUAUGACAAGUUUUGUGUUUGUUACUGAUAUGAAUACUGAAACAAGGGUUUCUUGAUUUUUGGCCUGA